AUGGAUGGAAUGUUUUGUUAUUUGUUACAGCUGCACACGGAUAUGGACGGAGGAGAUGGACGCACUAAGUACACAUUGGAGGGGGAGGGGGUGGGCUCCGUGUUUGUGAUCGACGGCAACACGGGGAACAUACACGUCACCAAGUCCCUGGACCGCGAGGAGAAGGACCAGUACCGCCUCGUCGCCACAGCUACGGACCGCCAGACGGGCCAGGCCCUGGAGCCCUCGUCGGAGUUCGUCAUCAGGGUGCAGGACAUCAACGACAACCCACCCAUCUUCCUCGACGAGCCCUACGUCGCCGUGGUGCCGGAGAUAGCCAACAUAGGAACGUCCAUAAUCCAAGUCACGGCCAGAGACGCCGAUGACCCAACAUAUGGAAACAGCGCCCGGCUGGUGUACGCCAUCACUCAGGGCCAGGACCACUUCUCUGUGGAUCCUCAGACAGGUGUCCUGAGGACAGCGGUGCCCGACAUGGACAGAGAGACGCGGGACGAGUAUCUGGUGGUGCUCCAGGCCAAAGACAUGGGGGGGCAUCUGGGCGGACUGUCGGGGACAACCACCGUCACCGUGAGGCUGAGCGACGUCAAUGACAACCCGCCUCACUUCAGGAGGAGUGCGUGGUCGUUCUCUGUGUCUGAGCUCGCAGCUCCAGGUGUGGAGGUGGGCCGUCUCUCCGCCACCGAUCCUGAUCUGGGAGAAAACGCUGAGCUGGAGUUCACGAUCCUGGACCCGGAGGAGGCCGACAUCUUCAACAUCACGGGAAGAGACCAAGAGGCUGUCAUUGUGCUGAACAAGCUGCUGGAUUAUGAGAGCCGCAGCUCGUACUCUUUCUCCGUGGAGGUCGUCAACCCUGUGGUGGACGCGCGGUACCUGAGGAAAGGCCCCUUUAAGGACCAGGCGACGGUCCAGGUCAUGGUCCUCAACGCCGACGAACCGCCGCGGUUCUCCCAGAGUCGCUACCACCUGGACGUGUCCGAGAACUGCGCCCCCGUCUGCUCCGUCGGCCGGGUCGACGCCGUGGACCCGGACACGGGACAAAGCAGCAACAUCAGGUACUCCAUCGAUCCCCAGUCGGACCCCGAGGCCCUGUUCCGCAUCGCCUCCGACACGGGCUCCAUCAGCACGGUGAUGGAGUUGGACCGCGAGCAGGAGCAGUGGCACAACAUCACCGUCAUCGCCACACAGCGGGACAAUCCAAAUCUUGUGUCAAGGGUUGUGGUUGCCAUAGAGACGCUGGACCAGAAUGACAACGCGCCCGAGCUGGACCGGCAGUACACCACGUCUGUGUGUGACUCCAGCGCCCCCGGACAGGUCCUGCUGUCUGAUAUUAUUCCUGUUUCUAUCCGUUCCGUCUGCAGCUCCUUUUCUUUUUUUAACUUGAUUUAAUUUUGCACAUCUGUUGUUAAAAACAUCGCGUAUUUAAAAAUUGAUGCAGCCGAGGAAAACUCCCGUCUCUCUUUACUCAGCUGCUGCUUUCUCAAACAGCAUCAAUGUUUAAUUCAUGAUGUCAUGAUGGGUAUCAGAAAUAUACUGGAAGAGCUUAAUCUUCAAAUCUUCAGUAGAGAUGCACCGAUCGAUCGGUCACCGGUCGAAGCCGGACGGUUGUCAGUUGAUCGUCUUAUUUAUCAGAUUU